AUGAGAAGAAGUUCAGUCUGCAGCUCCUCUUCUGCGUUGGGAACUGACAGCAGUUGUUUUAGUGGUCGAAACAGAGAAUAUAGACAUUUAAGUGGAGAUGUUUACAGGCGUCUAUUUGAGCAAUCGCAACAACCGAAAUGCAAUUGCCAGGCUCCUCUUAGUAAUGAAGAGGAUGAUAGUGAUGACGCUAACUGCACCUUUGUACCAGUAGUGAACCGCACACAUGAGGAACUGCUUUCCCGAUGGACGGAGGGUGUAAGUGUGUUUGAGCGGUUGUAUGGGAAUGCACUUUUUCUUCACCGUAAGCGAGAACAGCAAAUGCGAAAUUGUUUUCGCCAGAAAGAAACAAGAAAACAACAACAACAACAACAAAAUAGUAGACCAGUAGUGAGUGAGUACAGUAGAGUGAGAUCAGGAUCUAUCCCAGACAAGUGGAGAUUAACUACAACGCUAGAACUGCAAGCCCCACAGUCGCGCAGGUAUUACGGUGAAACGAACCCACUCCCAUUAACAAGAAUGAGAAGAGAAAAUAAUAAAAAAUUUCUGAUGUCACCACUUUUAUCAUAUGCUCUUGCUCAUUGA